AACAGCUUAAAUCUUCAGUUCAGUCCAAUCCCUUCCACCAUGUUUGUUUCAAUCAUUUUACUAUGGCUCUGCAUUUGGUUCAUUAUCAUGCAACUCAAGUCUCGGAGGCCUAAGAACUUUCCACCAGGACCCACUGCCCUCCCCAUACUGGGGAGCAUUUUGCAGCUGAGCCUAGAGAACCCCCUGAAGGACUUUGAGAGGCUGAGGAAGACUUAUGGAAAUGUCUACACUCUGUUCCUCGGUCCCAAACCAGCUGUGAUCAUCAGUGGGACAAAGGCAAUAAAGGAGGCUAUGGUGACCAAGGCUAUUGAUUUUGCAGGACGACCCCAAGAUCUGUUUGUUAAUGAUGUCACCCGGAGGAAAGGAGUGAUCCUGGCAGACUACGGCCCUAGUUGGAAGGAGCAUCGUCGCUUUGCUCUGAUGACCUUGAGGAAUUUUGGUCUGGGGAAGAAUACCAUGGAGGAGAGGAUUCAUGGAGAGCUACAAUACACCAUGAACACACUGGAACAGAGCAUUGGCAAACCCCUCAGUCCUCAAAUGAUGUUUCACAAUAUGGCCUCCAACAUCAUAUGCCAGGUUCUGUUUGGUAGACGCUACGAGUACGACCAUGAGUUCAUCAGAGUGAUUGUUCAGUGCUUCACUGAAAACGCCAAGUUAGCCAAUGGACCAUGGGCUAUGCUGUAUGACUCUUUUCCCAUUAUUCGUAACUUACCACUGCCCUUCAUGAAGGCCUUCAAAAACGUUGAGACUUGUCAGAAGCUUGCGGUUUCUGUGCUGACUGAGCACAAGAAGACCAGAGUUCCCGGAGAGCCACGGGACUUUCUUGACUGCUAUCUAGAUGAACUGGAUAAGAGUGUCAGUGGUUCUUCAUUUUCUGAGCAAGAACUCACUAUGUACGCUCUAGAUAUUCACUUUGCUGGGACUGACACUACCUCCAACACCCUUCUUACUGGUUUCCUCUACCUUAUGGCCUACCCACAAAUACAAGAGCUUUGUCAGCAGGAGAUAGACGAGGUACUUGGAGGAAAGCAACAGGCCAGUUUUGAUGACAGACAUAACAUGCCUUACAUGCAGGCUGUGAUCCAUGAGGUGCAGAGGGUAGCCAACACAGUUCCUCUCAGUGUCUUCCACUCAACAACUAAAGACACAGAGCUCAUGGGAUAUUCCAUUCCCAAGGGUACUUUGAUAAUCCCUAACAUGACCUCAGUGCUGAAUGAAGAGGGACAAUGGAAAUUCCCCCAUGAAUUCAACCCUGAGAACUUCCUCAAUGACCAGGGAGAGUUUGUUAAACCCGAGGCUUUCAUGCCUUUCUCUGCAGGUCCUCGUAUGUGUCUCGGAGAGGGUCUGGCUCGUAUGGAGCUCUUUCUCGUCAUGGUGACUCUGCUGAGGAGGUUUAAGUUCAUCUGGCCUGAGGACGCAGGAGAGCCGGACUUCACUCCAGUCUAUGGCGUCACUCUAACCCCUAAACCUUACUCCAUGAAGAUCCAACUCAGGGAAACACAGCAAGAUGGUCGGCAGACACACAACAGAGACAGCGGAGAGUGACAGAGAUGAAUACUAACAUCCAGUUACUCCCCUCAGCCAUCUGUAACCCUGUUUUUCUUUCAAGUAAAGUACUUUCACUGCA